AUGUUGUCAGUAUUGCGUAAGGCGAGACUCAAGGAUAAAGAGAUGAGAAUUUUGAUGCUGGGACUGGAUAAUGCUGGCAAGACUACAAUAGUGAAAAGAAUCAUGGGCGAAGAUGUCAAUACUGUGAGCCCGACACUGGGUUUCAUCAUCAAGACUAUUGACUAUGCUGGUUACAAGCUAAACAUUUGGGAUGUUGGUGGACAAAAGACUCUUCGGUCAUAUUGGAGAAACUAUUUCGAGAAGACCGAUGCCUUGAUAUGGGUGGUUGAUGCCACCGACCGUUUGCGUAUCGACGAUUGUAAGGAAGAGUUGCAUGCUUUACUGCAGGAAGAGAGACUUUCCGGCGCGAGUCUUCUUAUUUUCGCAAACAAAACUGAUGUGAAUGGCUGUAUGACGAAGACAGAGAUAAAAGAUGUGAGUGAAGCCGUGAAGCCUACGUUGGUACUAGAUACAAUUCGGACGCACAAAUGGCACAUCAUUAAUUGCAGCGCAAUAACAGGCGAAAAUCUGGACGAAGGAUUAGCUUGGGUGGUUGAAGACUCCAAGAAACGAUUGUUUUUAUAUUGA